UGAUAAAAAAAAAUAAAACAGCAGUAUUUAAAAAAAAACUUUUUGGAAAAUCUUAAAAAAAAUUGUAGUCAAGUUAUGCAUAUUAAAUCUAUGGUAAACCAGUAGUUGAGACUCGUCACACAGAGCGCUUCGAGAAAAACCGGUAACCGGUAGAUCGCAUUGCCGCCGUUGACAGGACGAGGUGCAGGGAGGGGGAAACGACCGGCCGGCGGCGCGACGGGGGAACGGAACGAACACGCGCGAGGCGUAGCGAGGCAAUGCGAGGCCGGUCACCCCACGAUAGUGUGUCGCCAAGCGAUUUGUCACAUGUAUAGCGUAUUGUAGUUAUUAUUAUAAUUUUUAUAGUUUCAUUCAUGGAAAGUUUCAUAGAAGGUGUCCGUCUACAUCCGUGUCUCUGGAACCCAUUACACCCAGAUUAUAGAGAGAUGCACGUAAAGGACAAUGCUUGGCGUCGCGUGGUGAAACAUUUCAACAACGAGUCUAUAAUCCCUAACAUACAAGUUGCAAAAAUGGAAUGGAAGAAACUUCGCGAUAACCAUAGAGAUGCACUCAAGCGAGCAAAAUUGGGCAAAAAUAAGCUCCUCCCAGCGCAUAUCACCACUUGGAAGUACGCUAAGAUAAUGCAGUUUCUCGAGCCGCACAUGAAAUACAGAAUUACUGAGAACAUAGAAAUAGAAAACUUACUGCCGGGAUCCAGUACAAAAAAGAGUGAUCAAUGUUUCACAACAGAUGUCGAAGACGAUAUUAAGCCAACUUGUCCUAAGAAACGACGCCACAUAGAAAAUACAAGUGAAGUUACAAAAGACACAGAUGCACUAGAAUCGUUUUAUAAUUGUAUCUUGAAGAGUACAAAAGUGAUGCCUCCCUGGAUGCAAACGCAAGUGAAGAAAAAAAUAUUUGCAAUCAUCAUCGAGGCGGAAGAAACGCUCGCAAAGCAACAUAGCGCUAAUCCGAGCCGCGACACGGCUGAAGUGACAACUGAACAUAGUGAGACUGACGAAAACCCGGAGCCAAAAAUAAAAAUUGAAGUUUGCUCAGACGAGGUCUAAUACUACGACGACCAAGAAGAUGUUUAUUUUCAGUAUUAUUUGAUACCUUAAUUAGCAAGUGGUUUACCUAUAAGUGAAUAAACCAUAUCAGUGGGAAAAGAUAAAUGCAUUCUCAGACUUUUAUCAAGGAAGAGGGAAGAUAAGAGAGGAGACAAGAAAAUAUAUUUCGACCAAAUCACUACUUAACAUCAAGUGGGAUCGUGGUUAAGCACUGGCUUAUUCUUUGUAAAAAAAAAAAGGAGACAAGAAGGAAAAUGAACAGCUGAUGCUGGUUCUUCUGCUUAAAACUGCGUAAAACUAGUAAUUGUUAACAUUACCUUGUAAAUACGAAGGUACAGUGGAAAUAUCGUCGAUAGUCAUAUUUGGAAAAGGAUGCACUCGUUUUUUUCGCUCCAACGUGUGCACUGUUUGAUAUUUGUAACUAUCUGAACUAUGGACUAUCGUUUUAGAGUCAUGUACUCGGCUCUGUAAAAAUACAUAUUUUUGCAUGGCCUUACUUAUGUCGGUACAAAAAUUAGUUGGAAGUUUUAAACAACCGAAAGGAACAAACCUUUUGAAACGAGGUUUUUUUCACAUUUUGUGUUGUGCUCAAAAAAGAAUCAAGAAAAACAGCUACUCCUUACUGCAAACACUAAUGAAUAUACUGCAUUCGAAAUUUAUACUUUCGUUAAAUACUUACGUUUUUGCUCUUUUUACGUAGCGCCUGUUCACCUUCUGUAUUUGAUAAUAUACCGCUCACAGUCUGAAAAGAUAAUUUAUUUUAAACACAAAUAGGGAUACUGCCAUGUAAAGAUUGCGUUGAGCAGAUUAAAUCUAAAAUAAUUAAAUAAAAACUUUGUGGUGCGUUUUAGUAUCAUUGUAUAAUUGUUACUUUAUAUGAGGUUAAUAAAGAAAGCAGUUUUGG